GCCCCCGCGCAUGGGGAGGCAGGCUCGGACCGGCCAGCGGAGCUGCAGCCGCCCUUCGCACCCUCUUCGCCCUCCCCACCGACAUCAUGCUUCAGUUCCUGCUUGGAUUUACACUGGGCAACGUGGUUGGAAUGUAUCUGGCUCAGAACUAUGAUAUACCAAACCUGGCUAAAAAACUUGAAGAUAUUAAAAAGGACUUGGAUGCCAAGAAGAAACCUCCUAGUUCAUGAGGCUGCCUCCAGCACUGCCUUCGGGAUACACUGAUGCUACUGCUCUUGAGGGCCUCCUUUACCAUCUGAACCAAAAGCCUUUGUUUUCAUCUUCAGCCUCAGUGCUCCCCUUCUUUGCUAGACCCUGUGUUUCUUGCAAGCAAAAUGGGGCCCCAAUUUGAGAACUACCCUACAUUU